AUGUGUGCGUGUCUCGGCGGCCUCCCGCGGCAACAGCCACUUCACCGCACGCUUCCAGCUUUGCGUCAGGUGGGCAAACUUCACCUGCCCGUUGUUCCCAGUCGGCUAAAAUGUUCUUCCGUCUACUCAAAACUCUGUGCUCUCAAAGCGUUGGGCUCGGAGCGGCCUUCCUCAAGCAAGCUGGUGGAUGCCGAGUCUCUAGUCGACCGACUUGCUUGUCUGUCACUUUCCUGCUCAUGCUGGUCUUUGUGGGAUCACACCUUUUUUCCUCCACGAAUACUGCUGAAGGCUUACAAUGCUCGUUUAACUGUGAUUUGUUUUCCUUGUUUUAGGAGGUAA